AGCUCGUUGAGCGGACAAUUGCAGCGAGUAUCCCCAUCAGUACCACCGCUGCACGUCAAGCCCCGGCGCUUCGACCACACUGGCCUCUUCACAAAACAAACGGCAUCAUCCGUAGUCUCGUUAGCCAUGAAACAGAACCUGCUCGAACUCAUGAGGAUGAGCAGAAUAUGCCGGAUGGUCCUUGCCACUUGUUUGGGAUCUUUUAUUCUGGUCAUCUUUUAUUUCCAAAGUAUGUUCCAGCCAGUUAUGCGGAGGAACCCAUUUGCAGCAGACAUGUGCUGUAGGAAAGGUUCCCGCAACGCCUUACAAGACCUCUACAACCCCUCACAGUCGGAGCUCUCUGGCAGCGCUGUCCUCCACCAGGCCAGGAGAGACCAGGUGGUGGAGUCGUGCCGGGCCCACAGCGCGUCCAGCCGAAAGCGGCGGGUCCUGACGCCCGGAGACCUGAAGCACCUGGUGGUAGAUGAGGAGCACGAGCUCAUCUACUGCUACGUACCCAAGGUGGCCUGCACCAACUGGAAGCGUGUCAUGAUGGUACUGACGGGCCACGGGAAAUACAGCGACCCCAUGGAGAUCCCAUCCAAUGAAGCCCACGUCCCCUCCAACCUGAAGACCCUAAACCAGUACAGCAUCGCAGAGAUCAACCACCGCCUCAAGACCUACCUCAAGUUCCUCUUUGUCCGCGAGCCCUUUGAGAGGCUCGUCUCGGCAUACCGUAACAAGUUCACCCUCAAGUACAACUCCUCCUUUCACCGACGCUUUGGCACUCGCAUCGUCCGCCGCUACCGCAAGAACGCCACGCAGGAGGCGCUGGCCAACGGCGCCGACGUCAAGUUCCGUGAGUUUGCCGAUUACCUGGUGGACCCGGCGACGCAGCGCGACGGCCCGCUGAAUGAGCACUGGCAGACGGUGUACCAACUGUGCCACCCAUGCCACGUCCACUACGACCUGGUGGGCAAGUAUGAAUCUCUGGAGGAGGAUGCCAACUACGUGCUGCGUCUGGCGGGCGCCAGUGAUUCGGUGCGCUUCCCGUCGUACGCCAAGUCCACCCGCACCACGGAUGCCAUGACGGCGCAGUUCUUCGGCAACGUGAGCUCCUUGCAGCAGAGACAGCUGUACCAGCUCUACAAGAUGGACUUCCUCAUGUUCAACUACUCCACGCCCAGCUACCUCCGUCUUGACUAGCGGAGGGGGGCCACUUACGGGACCGAGGACUCUGAGGAGGGUCCUUUGCUGAGUGGCAAAAUCCGCGGAACCUCGAGAGAAUGGGGAGAGGUCCAACUUUUAUCACGGAAAAAACUUGAUUUGAAAACUACCGACUACUCUCUGUCUCAAAUAGAGACAGAGAGUAGGUGGUGAUGUCAGCUUGUUUGUGAGGAAGUGUCCACUCUGCUCUAACAUGGGAUUGAGAGGGGGGGGGGGGUUAGUAAGGUGAUCCGAUGGUGUGUGAGUGUUAGGAGGAAGGAGGACAGAAAGGAGGUGAGCAGGGCUCCCCUGGAGAACAGGCACUUUGUGUUCUAUAUGUAAAUGAGCUCCUGGAACAGUUCGGCGGCUUUGGAUUCCACGCAGCUAAUGGUGACCUUGCACGCGCCCUGACCCCAAAGCAUCAUGGGAACUUGUUUAUUUAAUCCCAACCGAUGGAGAAACUCUUGUCAAAUUGUAAAAAUAAUAAUAAUAAUUUAAACAAAAACUAAAUGCUCAUACACCUCCCUUUUCUCUGCUGUUGACAUGCCAUGCCCUCAGUCUCGAUGAUGGAGUCCUGCAUUUCAGUAAUCAGCUGGCUGGCUGCCAUUUUGACUACCUUACCCACACACACACACACACCCAAUAGCUGGCUAUUGACUUAGCUCUAUCCAACCGUCAAAUGAGAGUGCUUGUGAAACAAUCUUGGGCCAAGAGUUGUAACAGUAGUAUGGCUACAGCACUGGUCUUCUUACUGUGGUUUGGGAAGAAAACCUGAACUAGAACUCCUAAAACCUGAGGGCCUUCUCUGCAGCCCUGACACAGAACAUUCUAGACUUUGCACCAUAGGAAGUAGAAAGAUAUGUAUGUGCCCUUGUGAUGGAGGGUUACCUCCCAUUUUCUAAGAGAGAAGCAGAGGAGAGAUACCCAGUGUGCUUUAGAAAGGGUUAACGGAAGGAAGAUGGGCGAUAUUCUUAUAACCUUGCCUGCUCUUGCAAACCAACCAGUUUACACGCCUAUAGCCACGCUCCCAUACACUCUCAUUCUCUGACGACUAAACACAUUUAUUUUUAAAUGUUUGGUUAAGAAUCUUUUUUGUUAUUGUUGGUGUUUUCCUGUUUUGUUUUUGUUGCCUUUUGAAAUGUUGCUGCAAGCAGCAAUACAAAAAUAUUAUUUAAAUUGAUUUUUUUAAGAGAUGAACUGUUAUUACAAGUUUUGUUGUAAUAGUCUGUUUGUUGUUAUUGUCUUUCCACAUUUGUCUCUGGGAAACUCACUAGAUUUCUAUUGAUUCAGAAUUCAUGAAGGGCGUACAAUUGCGUCAGGUUGUUUGGGCGCCUUUGUUAUUCUGUGCGUGAAUAGAUGGGCUAUCUCAUGGGAUUUCAUGCUUUAUUAUCCCAUUCCCUGCAGUCAAACCUGGUGCCAAAAAGGUUGGAACACUGACAUGGAUGACACAGUCAUCUAAACUCAUAUCAGUGUCAUUCAAACAGUGAGAAUAGAGGUCUGCUAAGAUAGCGAGGGUCUGACUAUACAUAUCAACAAUACAGACAACCACAACUGCAACUGAAUACAAGUGAUAAUGGUCUAUAUUCACCUGCCAAAGUCAGUCAUACUAGCGGGUUGAAACUGCCAUUGUUAGGUCUUGUCUAGAGGUCAUUUUUACACAAUGUGACUAGGUAGCUGAAAUAGAUGAGAAUUUUAACUUUAACUGAGACAGAAAAGCAGGCAGAGUCAGGGAGAGCAGUCAUGAUACUUUUUUUUACACGUAUGUCAUUUCUUUCUAAUACUGACUAAAGACAGAUAUGUUUUACAGGGUAAUGUCUGUUACUGUCUGGGUCUACACGGGCACAGUUAAGGAGUGAUUAUGUCAGUUAUACAAAUAAUUCAUUUUUUCGUUUGGACAGGCUUGUAGAACUGCUGCUGUACAGUAUGGUAGCAAUUUGUGUUGCUUUUGAUAUAUAACAGCCGUGCGUGUGUGUGUGUGUGUUGAGGUAUAAUGAGCAACUGGUUUGGAGGAACAUGGUCUGUAGCCCAACUCCACAUCUGGAUGUGAUGAUGGAGAGGGCCACUGGUUUGGCCUACAUCCACAACCCCCAUCCACUUAGAACAACAAUAUAUCCUUUUUCAGCUCUCCUACAUCCUUUAUUGUACAAAUGCUCAAAUGCCAACAGACACACACACAAACACACAGCUGGUGCAUAAACACUCCUGCUGACGUUGUUGCCAUGUAGCAUCUUAGUCAGCAUCUGAACUGUAUUUCAGGGGGGGUUGUGCUAUAUCAGAUCCUGUAUGUAGUCUAUCUCAAAGAGUCACACAAAAACAUAAUGAACAGUUUACACAAAGGCUGAUGCUCCAAACAAGCUCAAACAUAGGCCUCUAUCUCACUGGCCCUCUCUGUUCUCUCUCUCAAUAUCUGUCCCUCUUCUCUUCACGUUCCCUCUCUCUCUCCUGCCCUCCUUCUCUUCUCUCCUGCCCUCUUAAUCUUCUCUCUUUCUCUCUCUGGCCAUCCUUCUCUUCUUUCUCUUCAGUCCCACCUAUCUCCUCAAGAUGCCGUACAUGGUUGUUUUUUUGGUCAGGGUCCCUACCUUCACAGCAGGAAAAGGGCAGGUGCCUCAGACAAAGUUGGUGAAAAUCCUAAAAGGGAAACCCGAAUGGGCCCACUGUCAUCCCGGAAAGAUUGAGUACUUUUUAAGUCCCAGUUGUUACCCUUGUUGUUACCUAUAAGUGGGUGUUUAUUCUGAGGCAAACGUUUGUAUUUAUGUUACUUACUUUACAACGUUGCUAAAUGCAGAUUAACAAGAAGUAACUUACAGCUACAUAUAUUUAUAAAACAAGUCCACAAAAUGUUGCAUCUCUCAAGAUGGGAAAAUGGACAGAUACUGACAAGCAACUGGAUUUAUCAUUUCAACCAAUUGUCAUUAUAACUCUGUGUUACUUAUUGUUCUGUUUCAUGUGUUAUUGUUCUUAAAACAACUUUUAAGCAGCAAGCUUGUAAUGCCUCUAUGAAUAUUCAAAUAUCAAGCCUCAGCCACAGUGAAAUCCCUGUCAGUUCUGAUGUCAAGCUCACAGAAGAACAAAGCCUGGAAUGCUUGUUCAUUGUUUGGUUCUAAAUUAUUUUGUAGUUGUUUUUCUUUCCUUUUGUGUCACAUCUUUCUGCACAUUCCACUGUCUAUAUCUGAUCACAUAUACAUGGCAGCAUACUGCACGUUUACUGGCCAAAACUAUUAGUCAAUUUUCAUGAAAUUGACGAGUUGAAGCUUUAAUUGUUCGACCCAUUCUUCAAACUUCAGUCCGGUCAGUUCAAUGAAUAGGUCUGUUGUUAUACCAAUCUACAUGGUUGCCUAACCUCCGCUAAAGUCAUUUUCUUCAACAUGUCAGAACCAAGUUACACAACGAGUGCCUUCUCAGCCAUCUUCAGUUUUUAGAGCACUUUAUUUAUCCCAUUGGUCGAACUACAAGGGCAUAUGAAGAUGGAAACACACACACGUAUGUCACACGACUGGUCACCACCCCUGGAUGUCGAGUUGAUGGGGGGGCGGGGGGUGUUGUUUACAGAUCUGCUGUGUUCAGAUCUUCCCUUCAAAUUCUUAGUGCUUUUUUUGUUGUACGCCUUUCCAAACCACAGUCCCUGAACCAUCAGUGGGCUGCUUCCAGUGUUUUCAUCAGUUGCCGGAUGGUGUGUGUAUGUGUUUGGGUACUGUAUGUGUGUUCAUGUAUUUUUAAGCGCUUAUUUAUUUAUUUUUUCUGCUCUCUCAAUGUGUGUAUGUGUGUGUGAACAGUACUGUAAGCAUUUGCAUUCAAUAUGUGUGCAUGUGUGUUCAUUGGGAGAGACAUUGCACCUACUCUGCCUUAGAGAGUACUGUAACUAUAUGAACAUUGACAGUCUCUUUCCAACAGGCUUCUUGUACUGUAUUUAUUUAUUUAUGCAUUUCAACAACUACCCAUAAUACUCUUCUGGCUAUCACUAUGGCAACACACCUGGACUCACUCUCUCCAUAUCUAUUAUCCUCAUGGGGAUGUCUCCUCAUCUUCAGGACUGCUCACCAACAUGAUUAAUAAUAUACGGAAAGUGAGGUGUUUUGGCCAGUGUGGUUCAUCAGUUAUUCUGAUUUCACAAUAAAAUUCUGC